GAAAAAGAAGCAGAGAAGGGCCCCACCAAAGAGGAAGCUAGAGACGGAUGACUAUUCCAGCUUCAUGGCAAAGCGCUUUGCUGAUUUUACAGUCUUCAGAAACCGCACACUUCAGAAGUGGCAUGAUAAAACCAAGCUGGCAUCUGGAAAACUGGGGAAGGGUUUUGGUGCCUUUGAACGCUCAGUCUUGACUCAGAUCGAUCAUAUUCUGGUGGACAAAGAAAGAUUACUUCGAAGGACACAGACCAAACGCUCUGUCUACCGAGUUCUUGGCAAACCUGAACCGGCAGCUCAGCCUAUCCCUGAGAGUUUGCCAGGAGAACCG